AUGGCUUCCAUCGCCGGCAAGGUCUUUGCCCUGACAGGUGCAAGUUCUGGUCUUGGGUUAGCAACCUGCUGCAGGCUUGCCAGGCUCAACGCCAGAGCUAUCUCUAUAGGUGACAUCAACCCUGGCCUUUUCGACAGUGCAAGGAAGAAACUACAGUCGAUCAACCCUGAUAUGCAGGUGUCGAUGACCAAAGUCGACGUCGCUUCGAGCCUGGAUGUGAAUGCUUGGAUCAAGGACACGGUCAACACCUUUGACGACCUCGAUGGAGCGGUGAAUUGUGCAGGAGUCAUCAACAUGUCGGCCAACCAACAGACGCCCCUGUUCUUGAACGAAACGGAUGAAACCUGGAGCCGAGUGGUGAACGUGAACUUGACCGGGAUAUUGUACAGCAUGAGGGCGCAGGUGAAGGCGAUGAUGGAGUUGCCCAAGGCGCCGCGGAGCAUCGUCAACAUUGCCAGUGCGGCGAGUCUAUUCCACGAUCCGACCAUCCUGUCAUACUGCGUGACGAAGCACGCCGUGGCAUGUCUGACGACCACGGUAUCAAAGGAAUUGGGCCCGUUGGGGAUUAGAUUAAAUGCUGUCUCUCCCAGCGCAACGAAGACGGGGAUGGCGUUGUCAUGGUACAAGGACGAAGAAGAGGCUGAGGCGGAUAUGGCCAGGCGCGGAGUGAUCUUGCUUGACCCAGAGAGAGUGGCCGAGACGAUAACAUGGUUGCUGAGUGAAGAUUCGACUGGAAUCAACGGUGUCAACGUUCCUGUUGGGGCGAGCGCUUCAUACGACUCAGGAUACUGGACGCCGACGACAACAUCAUAUUGGACACCCACAACCACAUCGUAUUGGUCAUACUGGACACCCUCGACAACCUAUGUGACAAGUUACACGCAAGCAAACGUCAUCGUCACAGUCACCUCUGUGUUGCCUUGUCCUGUCACUUCGACGGUCGUGUACUGGGAAUGCUGCGACCAAUGCGAAAACAACUGUUACAAUCCCCCGACGGUAUAUCAACCGACUGGAUGGGUUGGAACCACGACGGUGACUUCUUACACAACCACUACCCCGGCCCCGGAGGCCGUGCAGACCAUCACCAGCAACGGACUGGUUAUUGUCAUGGUGGAAUCCACCGGGGCGCAACAAUCGGCGACACCCAGUGUGGUCUAUGAGGUUAGCAACGAAGCAGGACCUCUACAGGAGGGGCUCAUGUCGAGCCUCUGGCCGAUGGGUAUAAUGUUGGGGGCCAUUGCGACGAUCAUGAUAAUGUUAUAA